AUGAACUCCGACACAUUGAAACUGACUGCACUGGCUGCUAUCAUGGCCGAUCUGAUGGAUCAGAAGGGGAGUGGGCCUAUCUGGAGCUCGCUGGCGAAAGAGUUCCUUCGAGAUCUGACGACCAAGCGCCUGAACGAGUUGAUGGAGCACUCCUUCUUAAAGGAGGCGGGAGGAGCAGGCGACUUAAUGCUGUGUGUCUCUAUAACGAACAAGAUUGCCAGCCACAAUAUUAAAGAGGUAAACAAUGCCUAG